AUGAAACUCACGCAAAAGCCAGCCAUUAAGGCACUGUUCAAGUCCGCCAAACAGGAGCUAACCGAGGACCCCAACCAGCGAAUUCCCGUCCACCUCACCGUCACCACAACAUCCAAAACCAAUGUCAGAGUUCCCGGGCAGCGAGGUAUGAACAACAUUUCAGUCCCCUAUGUCAUUCCUCUGCACCACAAGAUCCACAAGUCGAUAUCCCAGGCGAAAAUACUGCUCAUAGUGCCACACCCUACCGCCAAAUAUGCAGAGAUCUUCCAGGCUGACGAAGCUAGCACCAAAGACACAUUUGCUGAUAUCAUUUCGGUCAAGAAGUUUCGACCUAAAUUGCGAAAGGACCCCUUGUCUGUCGGAAAGGACUUCGAUCUGAUUGUCGCCGACUCCCGAAUCCACGAGGAGGUCGUGGAGUGUUAUGAUAGACUGUCCAAGAAGAUUUCUCUGAGACAUCUGACUAAGCCGUUCCCCAUCAGAUUCAUCCAACCUGGAAAAGAAGACGAUGCAAGAGACGCAAACAUGUUUGCCGAUCCGGACUACGUCAAGGCACAGGUGCGAGGUUUGCUUCGAUCCACGUCGGUGACGCUCCCCAGAUCAAUGGCAUGCGAGCAGGGCGCUGUUAAUCUGACUGCCCUCGUCGGAUACCUGCCAGACAAUACCGCCAAGGAGAUCGAGGAGAACUCGCAUCGAGUGGCAAACAACAUCGUCGACAACCUCGUGGACGGGGGAGCUCGAUCAACCAAAACUAUUUACAUCAAGAGCCCUAAGACAGUUGGUCUACCAAUCUGGAGACUGGAAAAGGAGGGCCAGACACUGGAGGAGGAGGAAUAA